CUCACAGACUGUCAAAACACACAUGAUAGUUUUGAAACAUGGUGAAUUAUAUUAAAUAGAACGUUGCCGUAGUCUAAAAUUGUACAACAUGGGUAAAAAAACUAAAGUAGGAAAGCAACGGAAGGAUAAGUAUUAUCAAUUAGCAAAAGAAACAGGUUUUCGUUCUCGAGCUGCUUUCAAGCUAAUUCAGUUGAAUCGAAAAUUUGGGUUUUUACAAAAAUCACGAGUAUGCAUAGACUUAUGUGCAGCUCCCGGUGGGUGGAUGCAGGUUGCACAUCAAAAUAUGCCUGUGUCCAGUGUAGUAAUUGGAGUAGAUUUAUUCCCUAUCAAACAAGUUCCUGGCUGCAUCAGCCUCACUGAAGAUAUUACAACGGAAAAGUGCAAAACUGCAAUUAAAAAGGAAAUAAAAACAUGGAAAGCUGACGUUGUUCUACAUGACGGCGCACCCAAUGUUGGUUUAAAUUGGAUACAUGAUGCUUAUCAGCAAGCAUGUCUUACUUUAAGUGCUAUGAAAUUGGCAUCACAUUUUUUAAGAAGCGGUGGCUGGUUUGUUACAAAAGUUUUCAGAUCUAAAGAUUACCAUGCAUUGCUUUGGGUUCUUAAGCAGUUCUUUAAAAAGGUCCAUGCAACAAAACCCCAAGCCUCUCGUAACGAAUCAUCUGAAAUUUUUGUUGUGUGCCAAGGUUAUAUUGCUCCGGAUAGUAUAGAUCCUAAAUUGUUGGACCCAAAAUAUGUAUUUGAAGAUUUAGAAAUAAUGAAGAAGAAACACAACAGUAUAUUACAUCCUGAAAAACAGAAGAAGGCUAAAGCUGAAGGAUAUAAAGAAAAUGAUUAUACAACCUUCCAUAGUUUUUCAGUUUCUGAAUUUUUAGAUAAAGAUGACCCAAUUGACUUGCUACAAGGAUGUUCCCAGAUAAUAUUGGAUGAUGAAGAGAUUGCAAAUCAUCCAAGAACUACAACUGAAAUAAAGGAAUGCUGCAAAGAUAUAAAAGUUCUUGGAAGGAAGGAUGUGAAGUUGUUGCUCAGCUGGUUUAAGCAUAUCAAGGAGUGGAAAACAUCACAAACUUCUGAGGACAAAAUUGAAACUAAGGAAGAAGAAGAAAAAGUUGUUGAAGAAGAGGUAGCAGAUGAAAAUGAUGAAGUUGAUGCUGAAGUCCACGAACUGCAGGAAGAAGAAAAGAGGCAACUUAAACGGAAAAGAAAACAGUUAAAUAAACAAAGACAAAAAUUGGCUGAAAAAAUGAAUCUAAAGAUGGUAUUGAAAGGUGAUGAUGGCCCUAUUUUGGAAAGUCAUGAUAUGUUUACACUCGCUGACAUCAAGGAUGGUGCGCAACUGAAAAUGGUCAUCGAUCAACAACCUGAUAUUGUAGUCGAUGAGAAAGAUGAUUCUGAUGAUGAAUUGAAAAUGAAACCUAAAUAUGUCAAAUAUGAUGUAGAGUCAUCGAAAUUGGAUUCAUCUGGUCUUUACUAUAAAGAUUCAGAUAGUGAAUUGGAAAUGGAAUCUGAUUCAGACACUGAAGAAGCAAAGGAAUCUUUAGCUUUCUCAGAUUCUGACAAUGAAUCAAAGAAAAUAGAUAAAAUAACAAAAUUAAAUACAUUAAAAAACAGUAAGAUAAAGACCACACCAUCAAUUCCAAAAAAUAAUCCUUUACUUACUGAUCUUGAUAAUACUGAUCCUGUGUCAAAGAGAUCAAUGAAAGCAGAACUUUGGUUUCAAAAAGAUGGUUUCAAAGAUAUUGACGAAGAAGAUGACGAGGGUGUUGAUUUAGACAAAUUGGCUGAGUUCUACAGACAAAAAGGCAAGAAAGUACAAGAUAGUGGUUCAGAAAAAUCUAUGGAGGUAAAGUCUGGGUCAAAAAGAAAACAUGAUAAUAAUGAUGAUGAUGAUGAUGAAUCAUCUGACAGUGACUAUGACAUUGAGGAGACUGCUGCACCAACAGUGGGAAAAACUGGAGCUAAAACCAGUAAAAAAGAUGGUUUUGAAGUUGUGUCCCAAGAUCCUGAAUUAAAAAGGUUGAAGAAAACACUUAAAAUGGACGCUGAAACUCUGGCCUUAGGAACAAUGAUGGCUACUUCAAAAAAAUUCAAGCGGGAUCUAAUUGAUGAUGCCUGGAAUCGAUAUGCUUUUAAUGAUAAAAAUUUACCAGAUUGGUUUGUUGAAGAUGAAAAGAAACAUAUGAAUAAAGAAGUAGCAGUGCCUGAGAAAUAUGCAGAAGAGUAUAAGAACAGAUUGCAGGACAUAAACGCACGACCAAUAAAGAAAGUGAUUGAAGCCAAGGCUAGAAAGAAGAAACGAAUGAUUAAGAAAAUGGAACGUGCAAAGAAGAAGGUUGAGGCUGUUAUGGAAAAUGCAGACAUGUCAGAAAGAGAAAAGGCUCAACAGGUUAGACAUCUCUACAAAAAGGCCCAAUCUGAUGGCAAAAAGAAAGUUACGUACGUCGUUGCCAAGAAGCAUACAACAGCUAAGCGGAUGAAACGACCCACAGGGGUAAAGGGACAGUACAAGGUAGUCGAUCCGCGUAUGAAAAAAGAUUUACGUGCGCAGAAGGCCAAGGAAAAAACAAAAGGUCGCGGCAAGAAAGGCAAGGCAAAUAAAACAAGGCCCCCUAAGCAGAAGGGCAAGAAAGCAAAAUAAUUAUUAAAUAUUAUUACUUUACUGUAAUAAUUCGAAAU